CCAGUGACUACUGCUAAAUCCACCAGUGCUGAUUCCUCAUCGCCUUCGCCGGUUGAGAUUGUCGAUGGAAAUUCCUCCCCGCAGAAAAUAGAAAACACACCUGUGACUACUGCUGAAGCCACCAAUGAUUAUUCCCAAGGAAAAAUGGAAAGCAACCCAGUGGCUAUUGCUAAAUCCACCACUGCUGAUUCCUCAUCGCCUUCGCCGGUUGAGAUUUUCGAUGGAAAUUCCUCCCCGCAGAAAAUAGAAAACACACCCGUGAAUAUUGCUGAAGCCACCAAUGGUGCGUCCUUAUCCCCGGUUGAAAGGGCUCGCCAAAUCCGAAUCACACCUGCGAAGCUUGAGCAAAUGGCCUACGUAUCACCUUCAUUUACAAGGUCUAAUGGGGGAUGGAUUCGUGAUACAGCGGAGAUCAGUGUUAGUGGAGUUAUUGUCAUCAUUAGACCAAGAGCUUCUAGGGGUGAGAAGAAACCUAAAGAAGAAGAUGAUGCAGAGAUUCCUGAAGAACUAGCAGUUUGCAAAUUUUGCUUCAACAAAUUUGUCGAAGAAAACGUUCUCAAGACAAAAUGCAAUUGCAAAACUGGUCUUGCCCAUGACAAAUGUGCAUCUCACCACUUCAAUGAGCUAGGAAAUAACAUGUGUGAAGUCUGCGACCAAGAGGUUGAAACAACACCAGUAACUUUGCUUCGACGCCCAUUCUCUCCGAAGAAAAAGAAGCGAAAAAACAAGAAACAUUGCUUCGGAUUAUGAAUGAAAAGGCCGGUUCGUUAAUGUUCUUCUUGUAAUUCCAAGUUAUAUGCUUUAUCCUUGGAGCAGCUGCUGAUGUGCCACAAUAAGAAAGAGGUGAGUAGAAUGGAGAGCUUACAAUGGAGUGGAGGUAGAAUUUGAACUAAGACAUAAUAAGUAGAUUUGCUGUGGUUUUGUUGUUGGUUUUUUCGAUAUUUUCGUUGUAUUAAUUAUUGUGACCUUACAAGGGAGCACUAUAACUAAAAACAUAAGUUGAUAUGCUGUCGUUUUUUAUGUUAUUUUUGUUGUACUAAGUUUUGUUUAAUCUCCAUUUAAUUUCCUCAAAGAUUGUGUGAU